UUUAAAUCGCUUAUGUGUGUGUAGCUCACUAUUUUUUUCUCACUACAUUUCUCGUUUUUAUCUCUGAGCUUUCUAGCUUCUCAAGUCAGUCGAACGUCUGCAGAGUCUUAAGAAACUCGUCGUAUUGUAGAAGUGCGACAGUCAAUUCGUUUGCAAACGAGUAGUCGUAUCACGACUGAAGAAAAUUCAAAUUUCUCUUUUGAUUCUUUGCUGUUAAUGUUAAAACAGUAAUAUACAGCAGACUCGUGCUCACGGAAUAUCUCUGAAUUUAAUUUACGCCGUUCAGUCUACCAGAUGACCAGUCUAUCAUGGCAAACUUUCAACGUCUCGUAAGCAUCGCGCUAAUAUUGUAUUCCUGUUUAAUAACGACAUUACGGACUUCGGAGGUGAGCGUCAUAAAGCCGACAAAGCAGAAAGCUGAGACAUUACGAUUAGUCAACGCGGUAUUUAGACAUGGCGAUCGUAUAAUAGACAGAUCGAUUCAAGAAUCUUAUCCACACGAUCCGUACAAAAGUCAGAAUUUCUAUCCAGACGGCGACGGGCAGUUAACUAAAGACGGCAAGAAAAGGGCAUACGAAUUAGGACUAGCGCUAAGAGACCGAUACAGCAACUUUCUCGGGAAUGUGUAUUAUCCACCGGAUGUCUACGCACGUAGCACAUGGAUAACUCGAAGCAAGAUGACUCUACAAUUAGUCCUUGCGGGGCUUUACCCGCCUAUCGUUGACGUUCAAAAGUGGAAUUCGAAGCUUCUUUGGCAACCGACAGAUAUGAUAUACUUUCCACCUAAUUGCGAUCAGCUAAUGUUUCCAAUUGCAUGCUCUGAAUAUCGCGAUACUUUGCAAGAGCUGCUACAAAGUUCAGAAGUGAAAAAGAAAACAGAAGAGUAUAACGAUUUGAUGAAGAUAUUGUCAAACCAUACAGGACAUAAUAUCACCGAUCUCCUGGGUCUCACGCGUUUGCAUGCUACUUUAUAUAUAGAAACAUUUAUGGGAUUGCGUUUACCUGAGUGGACACAUAAUGUAUAUCCGGGUGGCAAACUUUUGAAUGCGUCGCUUGCAUUUUUCAAAAUACUUAAUCACGAGAGGUUAAAUAAUCUCAAUGGAGGUAUUUUAUUGACUAGAAUAAUUGACGACAUGAAUGAAGUAAUCAACGGAAGUACAAAGCAAAAAAUUAAUCUCUUCUCCGGACAUGACAUAAAUGUGGCUGCAUUGUUAUACACUCUAAAUCUAGACAUAAUCAAACAUCAAAUGCCAGAGUAUACGAGUACCGUUCUUGUAGAAUUACACGAAAAAAACAAAAAGUAUUUUGUCAAGGUGUUGUAUUAUUUAGGUAUUCCAUCGAAAACACUAGAACUUAGCAUUCCCGGCUGCGAAGUAUUAUGCCCGUACGAUAAAUUUAUCAAAUUAACUAAAAAGUCAACUCAACUAAGGAGCAGCAAGACAUUAAAAAAUCCAUGUGAUCCAAUGGCAUCGGAGAAAAAAGCAACCGAUCCACCAUUAACACCAUUUAAUACAUAGUCUGAAGAUUAACGAACGUCUGAAUGAAGCUUCAAAGUUUUUAUAAGAAUUUCUCACGAAACUGAGUAUCCAUACAGUAAUAUUUCUUUUGCGAAAUAUGUAUUCUAUUCUCUUAUUAGAAAUAGAAUUAAGAUUACUCGAGAUUACAUUUAUGUCGAAUGAUAGGUGAGAUUUCUAACGUUAUUGUUAGCAGCUCAAUUUUAUUUGAAAUAACGUAACGAAAUAGUUGAUCAGGAAAGAGAACACGUUUUAUAAUAUCUCAUUUUACAACGUCCUCAAUUUUACAGUACAUACAGUAGUAUAGUUUUACAAUACCGUCUUCUAUCUAACGUAAUAAAAUCGGCGUAGCAGUCAGUUUUAUUACAUUUUCCUCAUUAUAUCCGAUAUCGUAACGCACGAAAACUAGAUGCCCAUACGAUCGCGGAAAGUUAAGUUCGUUAAGUAUGCUGAGAGCCGUGUCUUAUCGAAGACACGGAGCUCAGAUCCUCCGCCUACCGUGCCGUAGCAUAACAAUUACCCUAUUAUUUCGCACACACCGCCGCGGCGAUUCGUUGGGCCUAUACACCGCAACAUUUCCGUUCCACGAUAUACUCUCAACUUCCAUUAAGGCUAAAUCUUUUCGGCCGUCGCGUAAGCAGAUAUCAACGUUGAAGUUUAAUUUGCCCUUUUACGUUAUCACCACUUAUGUGCGAGAAACCGAUGAAUUUUAUUUUGAUUUGAUUCCAAAUGAGUCUUUUAUAAUAUAAUAUGUUGUAUUAUAAAAGGAAAAUUAU